CCAGCAUGCUUGCCCUGGAGGCUGCACAGCACGACGGGCCACACUUCAGCUGUCUGUACCCAGAUGGCGUCUUCUAUGACCUGGACAGCUGCAAGCACCCCAGCUACCCUGACUCAGAGGGGGCUUCUGACUCCCUGUGGGGCUGGGACCUGAGUCCCGCUGUCCCAGCCGCCUCCUACGAAGCCUUCAACCCAGCUGUGGCCAACUUCAGCCACCCCCAGGGUGUCCAGCUCUGUUAUGGACCCUCGACCUACAGCCCCGUGGGGAGCCUCGACCCAGCGGCCCCCAGCCUAGAGGCCCCCGGGCCCAGCUUCCCAGCGUACCCCACAGAGGAAUUCACCAGCCAGACCGUGGCCCCCCCGGCGUACGCCCCAUACCCCAGCCCUGUACUGUCGGAGGAAGAGGGUCUCCUGCUGGACAGUCCCACCCUGGAGGUUUCAGACAGCGAGUCCGACGAGGCCCUCAUGGCUGGCCCCGAGGGGAGGGGAUCUGAGGCAGGGGCCCGCAAGAAGCUCCGCCUGUACCAGUUCCUGCUGGGGCUCCUGACGCGCGGAGACAUGCGCCACUGCGUGUGGUGGGUGGAGCCGGGCGCCGGGGUCUUCCAAUUCUCCUCCAAGCACAAGGAGCUCCUGGCGCGCCGCUGGGGCCAACAGAAGGGCAACCGCAAGCGCAUGACCUACCAGAAGCUGGCGCGCGCUCUACGCAACUACGCCAAGACCGGCGAGAUCCGCAAGGUCAAGCGCAAGCUCACCUACCAGUUUGACAGUGCGCUGCUGCCGGCCGCCCGCCGGGCCUGAGCCCAGUGGGGGCUGCGAGGGGCUUCGCGCCUGUGCCGCGUUGGCGUCCCCACACCCUAGGUCAUAGCACCCGUGGGUUCCCCACACUGGGGGGAGGGGGGGACUGCCAUAAUCCCUAAGCCCUGACCAGGGCCCCUCUGGGACCACCCCCCUCCCCAUCGUGUCUGGGGCCCCUCUGGGAUUUCCUUGUCAUGUCCAGGAUCCCUAGGAUCCUCAUGUCUGGGUUACGUGACCCAUAGAGGACUGUGCUGUGUGUCCGUGUGGAGGGGAGGGGGAGGACAGUGCUUCCAGAUCUCCAAGAGCUUCUCUGGGAUCCCCUCGUGGUGUCUGAGAUCCUCCAACCAAACCUGGGACCUCUCUGAGCUCUCUUGUGUGGCUGAGAUCCCUCAAUCUCAUCUGGGGAGGGAGAGCCCACGGACCAUCACGAGGCCGGGAGGGUACCCUGUCCAGGGUCUCUCUGGAAUCCCUUUCUUCUGUCUGGGGCCCUCCUGUCAGAUCUGACGUCUCCUACUUAGGUCUGGGGGACUUCCAGAAACCCUUUAUCAAGUCUCAGCUCCCUGGGCCCCUCUGUGACUCUCUUGUCCUAUCCGUCCCCCUAAAUGAUGACCUUUGUCAUCUUGCAAUUUCCUAAUUCUCUGGAACCACCGUGCUGUCACUUUCUUGUGUCUGGAAUUCUCCAAUCGCAUUGAGGGUGGCUCUGGGAUCCUUUGGUCAUGUCUAAAAACAUCCUUGUCAGGCUUAGGGGGGGACCUCAGUGAACCCUUGUCUUGCCCAGGCUGCCUCUGGGAUCCUCCAGUCACAUCAGGGCCUCCCUGGGAUCCCCUAUCUGCUGUGCCCCUUUGGGGACCCCACCCGCAGACCUGAGUUCUCACAGGGCCCCUCCCCUUCCUGGGAUGCCCUCUGUAGGGGCCAAGCUAGCGAUCAUUCUGGCCCCUCAACUGAUUUCUGGGUGACCUUGGCAGCCCCCUCCAUGUCAUCUCUAACCAGAGGUCACAAGUUGGUACCCCCCCCACCCCCACCCUUCCGGCUCCCUUUGGGGUAAGUCAGAUCUCUGGUGGUGGUUUCUUUAGUUCAGUGCAGCAGUGAGGGGGAUUUUGCAUGAUCCUUCACUUAAAACUUUGCGCAGUGCAGCACCUGGCAGCACCGGGCCGCUCUGUGGUGCAGGGGGGCUGGAGGAAGGUGGCAGCCAUCCUAAUGGUGCAUGUUCCCCAAUCUUCCCCAGUCCCUGCCGCCCCUGGUGGCUUCUCUCAGUUGCCUGUUGGCCCCCAACCAUUUGCAUUUCGCUCCCUGGUGUGACCCCCGAGAUGUGAAGCUUGGGUGCACUGUGGGAGCUCUGAUUGGAACCCCUGGGGGUGUCACACACAGCCUGUGGGCUAGGACGCCAGAGUCCCAGGUCUUGGAGGCUUCGUGGCUGGGGAAACUAGGGUGGAAGACUUGCUGCUUCUGGGCCUCAGUGUGGCCCUUGUGUGAAAGGGGAGAGAAGGAGGAAGGUAGAAAAAGUCCCUUGCAGUCGUGCUGAGCCUUUGAUACAUCUCCUGGAAAUCUACCCCACCAAUCAUUCAUUCACUGACGUCCAGGAGGAGGCGGAGGACAAGGAAGGAGCUUCAAGGAUCCAGAGAGGGAAGAGGUCCCUAUGGGACACACAGCUGCUGGUAGCAGGGCCCAGGCUGGCACCUGCCCUCAAAACGUCGGCCGCCCCCUCCUGGAAUGGGGGCAGCGUGGGAGGCGAGUGCUAGGGACAAAAUGUCCCCAGGGCCUCCUCUUGCAAAUGAGGUAUCUUUUGCAAAAACUAUCAUCUACCACCCCCAAAAUGUGGAAAAAAAUAAAAUAAAACAAAUCAAGGUAGACAGACCUCCUAGGACCCUUUGUUAAGGUGUCCGCCUAGGCCUGCUGACCUUCAGAGACGCUGGCGAAGUGGAAGAUAAGAGAAGCCAUAGAAGAGGCAGUGAGAGCUGG